AUGACCCCGCCCCGAUUACCGUUAUUCACCCAGAAGACCGUGCCCUGUGUCUCAUCCGGCGCUGCAUCGGUCCUCCGACCGUUUCUGACAUAUUCGCGUCGUUAUGCCACUUAUAGCAGCCAAGGAGGAGCUUCCACCGGCUCAAAACGAAAACAGAUAACUGUCGCUAGCGACGACGGUAGAAUAAGAUGGGGUGAGCUCUCUCGCACUGAAAAGGCUGCACGGGCAACGCAGCAGUCGGUGAAUCUCCUUGUUAUUCUGGCCGGAGCUGUUAUGACAGGAGGCGUUUUUACUUUCUUAUACAUGGACGUGUUUGCUCCCGAUAGCAAGACCCGGCAGUUCAAUCGUGCCGUGGAUCGGAUCAAAGCCGAUUCAGCAUGCAUUGAGGUGCUCGGGGACCCUAAGAAGAUCAGAGCGUACGGUGAAGCUUCGUGGAAUAAAUGGACUCGGAAUCGGCCGAUAGCAACAACAUUAGAGAGAGACCGACAAGGUAACGAACAUAUGAAAAUGCAUUUUAAUAUUACCGGACCGCUGAAUGAGGGUGUUGUUCGCGUUCAUCUGAUAAAAACCCCCGACCAAGGCGAGUAUAAAUAUCACAUUCUGGCACUGGACGUUCAAGGUACGAAAUCACGGCGACAAGGUAUCAACUGGGACAUAGUUCUAACAAACAGACAAGGUCACAAGCGUAUAUUCCUUGAAAAUGCCGCAGCUGAAAUGAAUGCUGCAAAGAAAACGGCGUCGAAAAUUUUCGGCAUUCAAUGGCGCUGA